AUGGCAUCGCCAGCUCAAACACAGGCCCCGGCCUCGUCAUCAAACCAGCCACUCACACCACCCGCCGAACCCUCCUCCACCAACCCGAUCGCCACGACCUCCUCGCAACCCGCUCACGCCCCCAACACCAACAACACCACGAACAACACAACCAUGCCCUCCUCCUCCUCCAACAACACGGCCCAACCGGCCCAAAUCCCCUCCACCUCACUCAAAGACAGCGGCAAGUCGCGGCGCCCGCGCGACGUCCGGUUGAUCCACAUGCUCCUCGCCUCGCUCGGCGUGACGGCGUACCAAGAGCGCGUGCCGCUGCAACUGCUCGACUUCGCGUACCGGUACACGUCGGGCGUGCUGCAGGACGCGGUGCACCUGGCAACGGAGGGUUACGCGGGGGCGGUGGGCGACGGCGGCGGCGGAGCGGGCCGCGGCCCCGUGGAGGUGAACAGCGUGUCGCUGCCUGCGCUGCGGCUGAGCAUUGCGUCGCGGCUGCACUACCAGUUCCAGACGGGCCUGCCGAAGGAGUUUCUGUUGGAUGUGGCGGCGGAGAGGAACCGGGUGGCGUUGCCGGGCGCGGCGAGGGGGUUUGACUCUGCGGCGGCGCAGGCGAAGAGUGCUGCGCAGGUGAACCAGAGUGUCAUCAUGGGUGGCAUGCGGCUGCCGCCGGAGAGGUUCUGUUUGACGGGGACGGGGUGGGAUAUGAAGGAUGAGUGGGAGAGUGAGGGGGAGGAGGAGGUGGAGACGGAGGGGGAGGGAGACCAGGCGGGUGCUGCGGAGCGGGAGGGGAAGGGUGGGGAGGCUGGAGCUGGGGUGAAGGAGGAGGAAGCAGAAGGGGAUGAGGACGAUGAUGAUGGGGAUGGGAAGAUGGAGGAUAUCUUCGGCGAGGAUACGGCCAUGGGGGAGGGGGAUGGGGAGGAUGAGGACAAGGCGAUGACGGAUGUUUAA